ACCAUAGACUGUACACAGACAGAGUCAUUCUCUGCGGCGGAGGCUCCAGAUCGAUCCCCAAAUGGCUCCGUCGUCACGCUGUCACUCGUGAUAAGAAACGCCGGCUGCCUCCUGACUGUUGUGGAACCUCAGGAUCUUCAGCUCCAGCCCCGUCUCGUCUCUCCGCUCGGACUUUCUCAUCUAAUUUAAUUUAACUCUCAGACUAAUUUUCUGGGCUGCGUCAGGCUUCCCAGGCCGAGCUCCAGCCUGUCGACUCAUGGCGAUCAACACUGAUGUUGAGGACUGGGGCGCCGUUGGCAGCAAUGACUCUGGGGAGAGGGCGUGGCUCCUGCAGAGCCCCAGCGUGGAUUCUGUUCGGCAUCCUGAGGCGGACGGCGGGAGGAGCGGAGGCGUGUCGUCGUUGGGAGCCGUCUUCAUCGUGGUGAACGCGGCGCUGGGAGCGGGUCUGCUCAACUUCCCUGCAGCCUUCAAUAUGGCGAGAGGAGUAACGGCAGGAGUGAUGCUUCAGAUGUUCAUGCUGAUCUUCAUCAUCAGCGGGCUGGUGAUUUUGGGUUACUGCUCCCAGGUCAGUAACGAAGGCACUUAUCAGGAGGUCGUUCGAGCCACUUGUGGAAAAGUCUCCGGCAUCCUCUGUGAAGUGGCCAUCGCUGUCUACACCUUUGGCACCUGCAUCGCGUUCUUUAUUGUCAUUGGAGACCAGCUGGAUCGCUUGGUCGCUGCAGUGGCUCACGACACCGAGGGUACAGUCAGCGGCUACUGGUACGCCGACCGCAAAUUUACCAUCGUCGUUACCGGGGUCCUCGUUAUUCUUCCUCUGUCCAUCCCCAAGGAAAUUGGCUUUCAGAAGUAUGCCAGUGCGCUGAGUGUCAUGGGAACCUGGUACGUUACCAUCGUGGUCAUUGUAAAAUACAUCUGGCCGGAUAAGGAGGUGACUCCGAGCUAUGUUCCCACCAGCACUGCUUCCUGGACGGCAGUUUUCAAUGCAAUGCCCACCAUAUGCUUUGGUUUCCAGUGCCAUGUCAGCUGUGUGCCGGUGUUCAACAGCAUGAGCAGGAAAGAGAUCAAACCCUGGGGACUGGUCGUCACCCUCAGCAUGAUAAUCUGCCUUUUUGUUUACACGGGAACAGGCGUCUGCGGCUACCUGACGUUCGGCUCCAACGUCAGUCAGGACGUGUUGAUGUCGUAUCCUCCCGAUGACAUCGCGGUGGCCAUCGCCAGAGCUUUCAUUGUCGUCUGCGUGAUCACCUCCUAUCCCAUUUUGCACUUCUGUGGCAGGGCCGUCAUAGAAGGACUUUGGCUGCGUUUCCAAGGCGAGCAGGUGGAGGUGUGCGUGCGCCGCGAGCAGAGGAGAAGGAUCCUGCAGACGCUGGUGUGGUUUGUCGUCACCCUCGUCCUCGCCCUCUUCAUCCCAGACAUCGGUCGCGUGAUCUCGCUGAUCGGAGGCUUGGCGGCCUGCUUCAUCUUUGUCUUCCCCGGUUUGUGUUUGAUACAAGCCAAGCUAUCGGAGACAGACAACCGAUCUGUGAGCUGGCACGGAUUGGUCGUCUUCGGUGUUGCCAUGGUUACACUGGGAGCUUUCAUCUUUGGCCUCACCACAACAAACUCCAUCUAUCAAGAUGUUGUCAACUAAAAGGAUUUUUUUUUUCCUCCGAGACAGCACUGUCCUUGGUAACAAAGACGGGGAGCACUCAGACCUGUGCUGCUAUUCUGGACUGCUGAAUGACAUGCAGCGUCUCAUGACACUCACUUAAAAAAAGAAAAACAAAAAUCCAGACCACUACAGCUCGUCACAUCGUCUCCUCCAUACAAAGUUAAAACUAGAGUGUUUCACUCAAUCAGGGAGUCACCACACAACGCCGACCGACUUCAGACACUUUGGUCUUUGUCUCCUGUCCAGUUUAAAUAGCAUGUUUUCGACGGUGUCGCCGCUGCACAGGGACACAGACUGACCUCUCCCGUCUCUGGACGACGCAUUCCUGCCCCGUUUACAAGAGCCGAGGGACAAUAUAGAGAAAGGCCUUAGAAUCAAAUUGAUUUUAAAUAACGAAAUUGUACCAAUUUGUGUAUUUUAACUUGCAUGUCAAAGUAAAUGUUUCUUAUCAUUGAAAAUCAACCUGCUGUUGUUCUCAUCUCCAGGUCCGUAAUCUAAUCCGGGUUCAGACUUUAUGUUCGUGCUGCUGAUCGUUUGUCUCUUGUCCAAUGAGAAAGUUAAUGGAGUGAUGGGUUGACACACUGGGACUCGGCAUGUCUACUGGAUUUAAGUGACAGAACUGUAAGUCCAGGCAGUUCAAGUUCCAGAGAAUACUGGAGUCAAAUGGGAGGUUUUCAACAAAAGAAAAGAAUGUAUGACAUUUAAACAUACUUAGGAAUUCAUUUGAGUUAUUUAUUUCUUACUUUAGUUUUUUUUUGUUUAGAUAUAUAUUUCAUAGGGUUACAGUAAAAGUAUUAGAUCAUACAAAGCUACUUCGCUCACUUAAAGCCAACAUGGAAAACCUUGAACUACCUGACAGGCUGCACAGCUGCGUGUCUGUGUGUGAACCUGGAGGACGUCUAAGACGAGCAGCGCCGCCAUGUUCAGGAUAUGAAAACCCAACUUCAUCUAAGAGAGCUGGUUCCUCAGAGAAUGAGUUGGAAAUACCUACUGUCCAGGUGCAGGUGUAUAAAAAAAAUGAAUGUAACCCUAGAAUUCAGUUGCACUGGUCAGACACAGUGGAGUCACUGGGAUGAAGCCGACGGAUCAAACUCCAGACCUCAAGUUUCAACCUCUAGAAUCAAAAGUUAAAUAGUUCUUGUUUUGUUUUUUGUGUGUGCCUAAAACCAAAGUGUGAGCUUUCUUCUUUCUUUUUAAUGCAGCGAUGUCCAAACCCUAAUCUACUUCACACUAAAGAGAAGAGUUGAGAUUACAGUCGGCUUCCAAGUUUGUUUAACUUCAAUACAUGGAAGUACUUUUUGAACUAAGCUGCACAACAAGGAAACUGGUCAAAGGUUUACAUGGUAAUCCAGACUAAACUGAGGCUUCUUUCCCCGUUUAUGUUCAUUUGAUUAGACUGUGACAGAGCCAAGAACAUUAAGGAUGUUGUGCAUGUUUUGAUCCAUAAUUCAAAAGAGAUUUAAGACUUCACAGUCCUGUUCAACCCACUGAAACAAGGUGUUUUUACUUUGUGAAUAUGAGGGACAGAAAAGGUAAAAGGGAUGCAGAAAAGCAAUUAUGUUGUAUUUGUCACAUUGGACUAAACACAGCGACACAUUCGUCAUGAUUUAGAGGAAGGGAAAGAAGCUGCAGCUAAAACAGUAAUAAUGUCUGCCAUCAAUGCAAUGUGACUGUUUUUAUAGAUUUUUUUGCAAUCCAUGUCAUAAUACAAAUUGCUUCUAUUUGGUGCUUAACUGUGUUAAAUUUGUCUAAUGAUUUUCUUUUAUGUUGGUGCUGCAGACGAAAUGUUUUCAGACAUAUGGACAUGGACUUUCUUCCAAGGAACCUGUUGAAUAGAAUCACAUUUCCAUGUUGUCUUGCAUAGCCGAUGACUUGAAAACAUGUUAAUGGAAAGUUUGGAUGGAAAUAUGUUACGGAUCUACCAAUGAUACUCUAAUAAAUGAACUGUAAUUAAGGCAUGCCAAUAAAUCUGACAAUCCAAGAGUU